AUGUCACGAUUAUCAAGUCUUACAUAUAUUUGUGCGUCCCUUUCUCUCUCGAUUUGCAUUCUUACGACGACCUACAUUACUACAUCUUGCUUUACCGCAUCGUUUCGUCCCGAGAUCUUCGCAGAGAGCGAGCGCGAUAGAUAUGCGAAUAAGGUCAUCGCAAGCUACUCUCUAGGCGCGGUCGCUUUCUUCCUUGGGAACUACCACGCUCUGGUCGCCUUCUCAUACCCCGAAACCUAUUUCUUCAUCUGUCCGAAUGCUUCGAACCUGUCCCCUGAACUAUUCACCUGGAAUCCUCAGACGAGAAGCUAUGUAACGCUUGUAUUUGCGUCGGGAUACGUUCUGGUUCAAUGCUUUACCCAACUUGGUUCACAUGCCAACUCGAACCUGCAUCUUACUGCACCAAAAAAGCUCGUCACUGGGGGAAUAUACAGCUGGGUCCAACAACCAUCCUACGCCGCCAACUUUGCGAUUCUGUGUGCCAAUAUCGCAUUGAUUUACAGAAAAGACGGUGCGGUUGCUUGCUGGCUGUCGAACAGCUUGGUCGGUGGAAAUAAGGUUGAGCUGGCUUUACAACUUGUGCAGGGGUUUGUUUUAGCUGCUGCUCUUGGGGCUUUGGGAAUGAGAGUCAGAAGCGAGGAGGCCAUCUUGAAGAACACCUUUGGGUCGGACUGGGAAGCAUACCACAAGCGAACCAAAAGAUUUAUUCCUGGUGUUAUCUAA